AUGCCCCUCCCGCUCCCCUGUGAGCUGCCACCUCCCUCCUCCUCCCUCUCCUCCUCUAUGCGCGCGUGUCGCCGUCACCGUUUGCCCGACGCCCCGCUCCGUCGUGGCGACGCACGGCCGCGCGCGAGCCCGUGCCGCGCCGCCCGCAUCCGCCCCCCUGGCUACUCGACGCCGCUAAGCUCGCCCGUGGGCGCGCGUCCGUGCUUGGUCGCCCCACGGCUCGCCGGUGCGUGCCCACGCCCCACCGCUGCGCUACCGUUGCCACUGCGCCUUCCCCCUGCCGCUGGUGCGCCGCCGCGCCCCGGCUCCCCUGCUGCUUCUCCUCUGCCGCCCAUGCCCGCUCUUCGCCGGCCCCUCACUCCGUCUCCCCCCAUGUCGGCCGGCCACCGCUGCCGCCCUGGCCACUGGCCUCGCCCCGCUCCUGCACCCCCCCGCGCCGGCGACGCCGCCAUGCCCGCGGCCAACUCCGGCGCUCCGACCCCCGCGCCCUGCUUCCCUCGCCUUAGUCCCGCACCUCCGCCGCCUUCCCUGGCUGGCGUCGUGGGCGCCGCCGGCCGCACCGUUGGUCUCGCCGGAGGCCAGCGCCCGGGCUCCCUAUCGGGCGCUCAUGGCUGUGCCCCUGCACCCGCUUCGCCUUGUGCCCGCUAA